AUGCCUGUACAAAGUUUACCGAUUCGAGACUCUGCCCUCUACGUGCGACUGCUACAUCAAUACUUGAUUCUGCUGAAGAAUUACCCCAUUCUUACCAAAUCCGUAACGAGGUCAGUAUAGCUAACGUUAGCUAGCCUAUUGAAAUUGUUUGAAUAGAAUGUGAUCAUUAGCUAGCUAACUAGCUAGUUAGCUAGUAGGGGUCUUCCUGGUUAUCUUAUAGAUAGCUAGUGUAACACCUAACAAGUGACAACAAUUACUACUGAUCUCUCUUAAUACAGAAAUCCAUUAACUAAUUUGUGGAAUGUAAAAUGUAAAUGGUAGACUCGUAAGGGUAUGGGGCUACAUGAUAAUUUGCAAACUAUGGCAAGGCAAGGUAAACAUGUCCUUUUGCCAAGACCUUUCUACUUUGCUGUCUGUUUUCAGCCAAUCAGCAUAUGCUCUGAGAACCUCCCUCAUCUUUCCUGACAACAGUUGCUGUCAUAGUUAAAUUGUUUCAAUACACUUAAAGAACACUUUCUUCAAACUCUGACCACUACCAUGGCAUGACUACAAAUAAACUCUUCAUCUUCUUCAGUGGCAUUCUCUCAGCAAUGGGAAAUCUAAUAUCUCAAGCAUUGGAAGCAAAACGAAAGGCCAAAGAAGGGACCCCAGUGAAGGAGAUUGACAUUUCAGGACCUGCCCGCUUUGCCAUUUAUGGGUAGGCAUGUGAUUAAAGUCAGGUCCAAAUCACUUGAAUUAGUUUUUGUUGUUGUUACAAUGUAAUCCAUUGCAAUGUACUGUAUAAUCAACACAACCUAUUGUUAUUUCCCUUUGUUGAAUCAGGUUGCUCAUUACUGGGCCUGUGAGCCAUUACUUUUACCAACUCAUGGAGGUGUUGAUGCCUACCACUGUUCCAUACUGCAUGGUGAAACGCUUGUUCUUGGAUCGCCUUAUCUUCGCCCCUGCAUUCCUCCUGCUUUUCUUCUUUGUUAUGAACAUCCUGGAGGUAAAUCAGCUUCUCCAAUAUGGACUCUCUUGCGCCAUACACCUGACUAGCCCAUCCAUAGACGCUACUGCAGGGUUCUUCAAUUCCGGUCCUGGAGGGCCGAAACACUUCUGUUUUUUAUUUCUACCUGGUAGUUAAUUGCACUCACCUGGUGUCCCAGGUCUGAAUUAGCCCCUGCCACCAGAGGUGUUUCGACCCUCCAGGACCGGAAUUGAAGAACCCUGCGAUACUGACUUUAGCGCCUAUUGACGAUCGUUUAUUUUGGCCGGGGGAACGUUCAGUUUUGGAAAAUAUAAGAAAUAUCUUUCAUAUCAGCGAGAAAUAAUUUUCAAAAAACAAAAGGUUAAAUUACUACACAACUUUAUAGAGUAAGGGUUCCCACGCGGCCAUAUUCACAUGUUACAGCGUUUGUUUAUGGAAAACAGACGCAAUACAGUCGACUACCUGUGCAAAUUAGCUAUCUGCUUCUCCUAACACCUGUGUGUAAACGGAAGAUGGAUGCCACAAACGUGAUGUCACUGGAAAAAUCGUGUCGGCUGCAACUGUGUUAAAACCGGUUAAAACAGUGUACAGUAAGUGUAUAUUUUGCAUUUGUAAAAUUAUUUUGAUGUAAUAUGAAAGUAGAGGGCUUUAAGUUUAGAACCGUACCGCAAUUGAGAAUCGAUUCACGUUAAGAGUAUUUGGCUGUUUUGGCUGCCAGAGCCAAUUCGCCUCUAAACAGAACAUGUAAGGUCCUUGGACUAUAAGCAGUAACGUUAGGCUCCUUUAGUCCAUUAUUACUGACUAACUCUCACUGCUUGGAUCAGAUAGCACCUUCUCAUAUAAAAAUUGGGAUUACUCUGUGUAGCUCAAACUUUAAGCAGGGACUACUUAUUAGUCUCAGUUAAGGUUGGCCCUAGUGAAAUUAUGCAGUACUACUCACAGUUAAUUUUCAUAAGUGGUUAUAAUUACGUUCCAAUCCAGACUAUUGCCAUGCCUGUACAUUCAUUUUCAUCCAUUCCAAUGCUAUUUUAGGGUAAGAGCUGGGCAGACUUCCAGAGCAAAGUGAAUAGUAGUUAUUGGCCUGCCUUGAAGAUGAACUGGAAAGUGUGGACCCCCUUCCAGUUCAUCAACAUCAACUAUGUGGCUGUAGAGGUGAGCAGUUCUCACUGGCUUUUCUUUUAUGCAUUCAUCUGGAAUGUAGGCUAUUUGACAGUGGUGCUCUGUUACCAAUCUGUGUUGUUGUGUUUUCAGUUUCGAGUACUGUUUGCCAACAUGGUGGCCUUAUUUUGGUAUGCUUACCUUGCGUCUGUGAGGAAGUGA